AAUGUGUGUAUAAAUCGUUCCUAUACUUUUCACCAUACUUUAUGCGUUGCGUGCACACAGCCGUGAGAAUCGGAGUAUUGUAACUUUUGGCGCCAACGGAGCAACGGACGAUAUAUAUUUACGAUCCGAGAAAAAUUACAGUAGGAUGCCACCACGAAAAUCCAGGAAACGAACGGCCGAGGACCCUACGCAGGCGGAUAAGGCGCCGAAGCAGAGCAAGAAAAAGCAGCAACAAGUAAUAACUGUAAAACCUGAUCUGCGGACACUUUCAAUUGGUGGCGUUAUGCUCGUAUUCGGACAAGGCGAUUUCGGACAGCUAGGUCUAGGAGAAGACGUCAUGGAGAAAACACGUCCAGCAGCCAUAUCUGAUUACCAAGAUAUCAUAGCUACAGCAGCUGGUGCUAUGCAUAAUGUAUGUUUGAGAAAGACAGGAGAAGUAUUGACUUUUGGAUGCAAUGACGAGGGUGCGCUUGGACGAGACACUACAAAAGAGGGGUCUGAGACGGUACCAGGUAUAGUUGAAUUACCUGGAAAAGCUAUUCAGGUGACAGCAGGAGAUUCGCAUACCGCUGCAUUGCUAGAGGACGGCCGAGUAUUUGCUUGGGGCACGUUUAGGGAUACACAUGGCUCUAUGGGAUUAACACUGAAAGGAAAUGAGCGAUUCCCAGUAGAAAUAUUAUCUGAUGUAAAAGUAGUCAAAAUAGCAUCAGGUAAUGAUCAUUUAGUGUUACUUAAUGAAAAUGGACGUGUAUAUACCUGCGGACGCGGUGAACAAGGACAGCUAGGGCGCGUAGCUGCCCGUACAGCCAGUAGAAACACACGACAAGGAAUAGGUUUGCUACUAACACCAGGCGUAGUUGAAUUUAAAAUCAGGCAAAAGUUAUAUUUUGAUGAUAUAUGGGCGGGAAAUUUCUGUACUUUUGCCAAAGAACAUAAGAAAGGGGAUAUAUAUGUAUUUGGACUGAACAAUUUCCAUCAAAUUGGUUUGAAGGAGAGUGAUAUUCAUUUUCAUCCGCAAGUGUCGAAAACCUUUAGUGGUAAAGUGUGGAAACAUAUCAGCAGUGGAGAACAUCAUACCUUAGCUCUGGAUGAUGACGGACAAGUCUUUGUGAUGGGUCGCAAGGAAUAUGGUCGCCUUGGACUCGGACCUAAUUGCUCAGAUGCGGAAGAACUUACGUUAGUUCCAGCUUUAAAUUCUACUAAAUGCAUUGACGUAGGCACAGGCAGCAGAGAAUCUUUUGCAGUCACAGAAUCUGGCGAUUUGUAUGCGUGGGGUAUGGGAACCAAUGGAAAUCUUGGAACGGGAGACGUAGAGGAUGUCUUGGAACCAGUAUUAGUUAAGGGAAAGCAAUUAGAGGGCAAAGCAGUGGUACGAGUCAAUGGCGGUGGUCAGCACACUUUGGCUUUAGCAACCAUUCGCCCGGUGAAAGACAAAACUGCUGGUUAAUGUCAGAUCUUAUUUUUUAAAACAUUGUGUAUGUGAUAUGAAUUUAGACAAGAACGAGAUAAAGUCAUUUGAUUCCUACUACUUUAUUUUUGAACUUCCACAAAGUUACUUUGUUAGACAGAAGAAACCUAUUAAAUCUUCAACAUUUUAUUUCUAAACAUUCACAAUGUUACCUUGCCAAGCAGAAGUGUACGAAACCUUUCAUUAAAUCAAUUUUGUUUAGAAUUCAUAACAUUUAAAUUUGUAAAUACUGUCACUUUGCCAUGAAUUCACUUAUUAUGCUUACAAUAAUUAAUAUAUUGUGUUCUUGUAUUGUUAGCAUAUUAUUGGUUAUUAUAAUAUGUAUUGUCGGAACAGAAAUUUUUCUACUUAUGAAAUUUUGUGUCUAAAAGUAUACGGAAAAGAAUACUUUAAACGGACAAAAAAUUAUAUUUUGAAUAAUCAAUAAAAUUUGUUAGAUGUGAAAUAAGUGAUACUUUAGCCAAAUUUAUGCUAUUUAAAUUU